GCGGGCCAGAGAUCAGGACAACCUUGUAACGAACAAGAAGCAACCAAGUCUCCAGAAUCUUGAAACCACCAUUUCAUCCCUGAAACUCACGCAGCCACCUUCCUUCCUCUCCCCACUGGCUUUGCUCUCCCGGGGUUUCACCUCCACAUCCACCCAGUUUAGCCUUCGUUUCGACGGAGAUGUACAGGUCAUCGAGCUGGAACAAAACGACGGACGAUGACCACAUGCAUGCGCCGCCGAUGGCGUCAACGAUCCUGAGGAUGGGAUCGUUCCAGGGCAGCGAGCUGCCUGCUUACGACCCGGUGUUGGAAAUGAUGAGGAAGGAGAAAACACGCAACAAGCUCGCCGAGAACGCCGUCCACAUAAUACCCCUGGUCUUGCUCGUGUGUGCGGCCAUUCUCUGGUUCUUAUCCAAUCCAGUAGUGGAUAUAAGAAGCAGGGGGGACUCGAUAGCGGCGAGGAUCGAAGGGCUGACGAUCGAAGGAGACAUGGACGCGGAUUUUGAUGGGACCCAAUCUGGGCUUUUGCCCUUACUCGAUUUGGGCGACGCUGACUCGUCCUCGUCGACCUCGAGCUCGAAGCACCCACGAGAUGGCGUUCCCCGCCACAAAAAGAGGUCAAGGAAAUCCCACCACUGAGUCGUAGGUUGUGUUCUUGCUGAAUUGUUGGAGAACUUGUUGGUGUUGAUGUUGCGAUGUCUCUGCGGACGUGAGUUUAUAUAUAUGUGAUGGGGUGGCCAUCCUGGCCAUUCCUGGUUGGUCUA